CAACCCGCCCCCUCUUCCCUCCUCGAGCUCAGCACACAAGGACACACACCCAGCACGCGCAAGGGGGCGAGAAGAAUCCCUCUCCCCGUUCGCAUUCCUUCCCUCCGCCCGCGGCUCGCCCACGGCCCGACCCGAGCCCCCAGGCCGCCGCUCGCUCUAGGGCCCUCUGCGCCGUCCGCCUCAAGCGAUUCAGAUUCUCCCUAGCGCCCCCAGGUUGCAGACUUCAAUGGAGAAAAAUGCUGACGGAAAUAACAUGAUGAAAGAAUUCUAUAUCCCAACUUAUAUUUUCGCGCCAGAGUCUCCAGUGGAGCAUGUUUCUCAGAUACCAACAUGUCCUGUGAUUGUUUUUAUCAACACCAAAAGUGGUGGCCUGUUGGGGCGUAAUUUAAUUGUCACAUACCGUAAGCUUCUCAACCAUGCUCAGGUGUUCGAUCUGCUUGAUGAAGCUCCAGACAAGGUCUUGCACAAAUUAUAUAGCAACCUGGAAAGGCUCAAGCAUGGUGGCGAUACUCUUGCUUCUGAAAUCUACAGGAGACUAAGGCUAAUAGUUGCUGGAGGUGAUGGAACAGCUGGUUGGUUGCUUGGAACUGUAUCUGAUCUUAAGUUAGCACAUCCACCUCCUGUUGCUACAGUUCCAUUGGGAACUGGAAAUAACUUGCCAUAUUCUUUUGGAUGGGGGAAGAGAAACCCUGGAACAGAUCAGGAUUCGGUCAUAUCAUUUCUUCAAUUGGUAAGAGAAUCAAGAGAGAUGAACAUUGAUAGCUGGCAUAUUGUCAUGAGAAUGGAAAGCCCAAAAGGUUCACCUUGCGACCCAAUUGCACCUCCAGACUUGCCUCAUUCGUUGCAUGCAUUUCGCUGCGUGCCAAAGACAGAUCCACAAGAUAUGGAAUAUUCUUACACAUAUCGUGGGGGGUUUUGGAAUUACUUCAGUAUGGGAAUGGAUGCCCAAGUAUCUUAUGCGUUUCAUUCUGAGAGGAAACUGCAUCCAGAGAAGUUCAAGAAUCAGUUGUCCAAUCAGAAACAAUAUUUAAAGCUCGCAUGCACGCAAGGAUGGUUUUGUGCCUCUCUGUUUCAUCCAAUGUCUCGGAACAUUGCUUGCCUUGCAAAAGUAAAGAUAAUGAAGAAAUCUGGAAAAUGGGAAACAUUGGAAAUUCCGCAGAGUAUCCGGUCCAUUGUUUGUCUCAAUUUGCCUAGCUUCUCUGGUGGACUAAACCCUUGGGGAACACCAAGUAAGAGGAAACAAAGAAAAAGAGACUUAGUAAUGCCUCCACUUGUGGAUGAUGGCCUUCUAGAGAUUGUGGGUUUCAAAGAUGCUUGGCAUGGGCUUGUCUUGCUAUCCCCAAAAGGCCAUGGAACUCGUCUUGCUCAGGCUCACCGUGUUCGAUUCGAGUUCCUCAGAGGUGCAACCGAUCAUGCUUACAUGAGAAUGGAUGGGGAGCCCUGGAAGCAGCCUCUUCCAACAGAUGACGGCAAGGUCGUGGUAGAGAUCUCCCAUACUGGGCAGGUCAAGAUGCUCGCGACCAAAGACUGCAUAGCCAAAGGCAUCCAUGAGUCGUGCCCAGCUAUUUCAACGAUUCAUCCAGAUUCCAGCUCCAGCGAUGACACGGACGAUGACUUCGAGGAGGAGAGGAGGAACUUUGGGGCCGCCUUGUCAUUUCGGUACACGGGUGAUGUGAACAAACAAUAAAAGGUCGUGUUUUUAUUGAGCCUUGUACAGUUUGUUUGCGUAGGCCGUAGGAACUAGGAAGUAGGUAGAUGCGCUAAUUUACGGAAGACUGGAAGGCGUCCAUGUAAGAUAACUUUGGCUGAAAAGUUGGUUUUGCUAUGACAAAGUUGUGUUGUGA